GCCAAUGCUAAUAGUUUGCUCUGAAGCCCUCCCAGUUCAGAAGUCUGUCGGCAGUUGUGGUUUUUGGACGGCAGCGCAGUUCUUGCGAUGGCAGAGUUUUACUUCCCAGGUGUUCAUGCUACAACAAGCACUGGAUGUUUUGGGAACUCUGCUCCCCAGUAUGGUCUGAACCCACCACCUUACUGUGAGGCUGCUCCCCCUUAUCCCACUAAACCCCAGUGUGAUGGAAUGAAUGCUGCUCUUGGAUAUCAGACCAACUACCCACCAUACCCACAAGGGCCAUCAUGCAUGCCACAAGGGCCAUCAUGCAUGCCACAAGGGCCAUCAUGCAUGCCACAAGGACCAUCAUGGGUGCCACAAGGGCCAUCAUGCGUGCCACGUACGCCAUAUCUGCCAUAUCCAAACACAUUUCAGCUUCCUUGUGUCUCUCCCCAGUAUGGUAACUGCCAGAGACUUCCUCCCGCUCGAUCAAUGGCCUGUACCAUCCAAAAUGUUGCAGCUCCUCCUCCAAUUCUGCCUCCCUGUGUUAACCAGCAGUCCGUUAUGUCAUCAUACAUGGUCACCCAGCAAAGUCCUUUAACACCAUAUAAGGCCAACCGACAGCUUUCCUCAACAUUAAUGGUGCAAUCUGGCAGUGGUGUAACAGUGAGUAAUAUUGCCAAUUGUUACCCAGCCAGUACCCAACAACCUUCAAAAAGCCUAACCAAAGAAAUUGCAUCUGCUGUCUUGACUAAAGUUAUAGAGCAUGCAACCAAACCAAAACCAAAAUAUAAGGGUAAUCAACUGCCUGUAACCAUUGUAACCAGAGGAGGCAGUACAAUCAUACACAAGUAGAUGAAAAUGGAAUUAGCCAUACCAUGUAAAUAUACAGUGACCCUACGAAGAAUGUUACAUGCUAUUACAAUAUAUCACAGCCUUCACUUUUAACUAUCUCACCACCUACCCUUGAUGUUCAAUAGCGUUAUCAUGACCGGGUCUCUCUCUAUUAAUAACUUGGGAAUUUCCGGUGAUCUUCACGCAAAUAGACCAGCCAGAUAUACCAUGACUAGAGCAGCAGGUAUCUUGCAGUAAUGGAGAAUCUACAACAUCACAGUUUUAAAAUGCAGUAUUUUCUUCAAAUUGUACCUAAAGGAUACUAUGAUAAGAAUGUUAAUCUUGAAUAUGCAGGAUUAGUGAUGGUAUUAUUUUGUUGUGUCACACAAGCUGUGAAACAUGUAUCUUUAAAUUGUAGAGCAUAAAUUAUUAUAAAAGAAAUAAUCUAUAAAGAUACCACUGAGUCUUUAAUACCUGUAUAGCAUGGCCUGAUGUACAGCAAGCAAGCAAAAUUCAGAAGUCCCAGGUGAUGACUGGUUCCAAUAAAUGAUAGUCUGACCCUCUGUCCUUGACAUUCAGUAGCACUACCAUCACUGAGUACCCAUCAAAAAUAUUCGGUGGGUUCUUCAUGGACCAGACAUUCAACUGGAACAGCAACGUAAAUCCUAUGAUUACAAGAACAGGUCAGAAGCUGGGUAUCCUGUGAUGUGUGACUCCUCUCCUGACAUCCCAAGCCCUUUCCGUCAUCAAUAAGGCAAAGUCAGGAGUGGCAUAGAAAAUUCUCCACUUGUCUGGAUGAAUGCAGCACCAACAACUCUCACAAAGCUUGAAACCAUCCAGAGCAAAAUAGCCUGGUGCUUGGCACCCAUCAUCUGUGUAAUUUCUACACAGUCUGUGCACAAUUCAGUGUCAACGAAACAAAUUAAAAAUGCUCUGUAUUUACUCGCACCUCCCAAAUGUAUAACCUACAUCAUGACAGAAAAUUAGGUAUAUAUGACCAUAAAAAUGCAUAAGAUUCCCUUCCAGUAUUAUACCAUGCUGACUUGGGGGAUAUCACCAUUUUUACAUGGCUGUGGGAUCCAAAAUCCGGAAACACUCUUUUCAACAGUAAUGUGGAGUAUGUUCAGCAAAAGAACUGCAUUGCUUAAGAAUGCAACUCACAGUCACCAUCUCAAGGGAAUUAAGGAUAGUCAAUAAAUAAGGAUAGCCAGUGAUGUUCGGAUCCCAAAUAUAUACAUAUUUCUCCCAGCACUACUUACCCCAUUUCCUGAUGAAAGCAGAGCUAUGUUCAACCAGUCUGGAAAUACAGAAGCAGGAGAUGUGUUAUUUUUAAACCUCAGAAUGUGCAAUGCCUGGUCAGCUAAGCACAAGGCCUUUUGACCCAAGAACAAACGAAGAUUCAGUGGGGAUCCAAUGAUCAAAUCAGCCACCAUUCCCAUUUAGAGCAUCUUGUGGGAUCUUAGAAUUCCUCAGCAAAUAUUGGUUAAAGUAAAUAAUAAUUGAAAUAUUUAAUGGUAAAAUUUCUUCUAAGCAAAAUAUUCCAUCAUUACACUGGGUAGGGAGUGAUAGCCUUGGAUGUCUGUUAUGAAAAGAAAAAUAUAUUGCACACUUCAAUUGGUAAUAUUUAAAACUAUCACCUUAAAGAACAUUUAUUCUAUGAUUUUAAAAAUCUCAGUAUAUUGAACUUCUGGGGGAAAAAUGUAUAAGCAAAGUUGGAAUGCUGAACCAUAUUCACUGAAAUAUGCAAAUGAUAUAAACGAUUUAUUAACAUAGUUUUAGUCUAUAGGCCUCUCAAAUUAGUGUGAUAAGGAAGUUUUGGGGAUAAGUAAGAGUACAGAGGAAGUGUUUUAAUCACAGGAACUCAGCUAAACAAUGAUAAAAUAAAUUACAGUAACAAUUAUUAGUUUUAAAAUUUAUCUUAUGAAUAUUCAGUAAAAGAAUUAUUGCAUUUUAUGGGGAGAGAUUGUGGGAAUAAAUUGAAGGAUCAAUUGGAUACUUUAGAAUGGUCAAUUCAUAGCCCAAUGUUACUUUGUAAUGGGGAGGAUUACGUUAAGCUCUGUUUGUUAAUAGAUAACCUUUUAUUAACAUCUGAUUGUGUAAGAUUUGGGCUAAUUGUAGUUUAAAGUCAUUUAAUGUGACCAUAAAUGUGCUAUAUUGUAUUGAGUGAUUCUGUAUUAAAAAAAGGUAAAG